UGUGAACGCAUUUUGUCAUUGUAACUGAGGACGCUGAAGCACCUAGGGAUGGUGAAUUUUCCAAUGCCGACCCAUUAAGCUCGCCGGAGUUUCCAUUCCCAUGUCGGCACAAUUUGCUUGUUUUUCUCUCAUAACCACAAUAAAAACAACCGCAGCGGCACGCUUUGUCCUCAGCUGUCCGCUAUGUACCACAUAUUCCAUACAUGCAAAAAAUCUUCAACCCUGUUACUAUUAACCCCAAAAAGAGUCUUCACUUCCAGCUGUCAUGCAGAAAAGUCUAGCAAGAGCUGUAAGGCGGCAAAGCCAAGUAUGGUCACGCUCGACUUUUGGUCGGAUAAAACCACCUGGCAAAGGACAAGAAUUAAUACUCUGAGAUGCUUAGUGGGCUGUACAGCAGGUGACUUCAGUACUAUGUGGUACUUGCAGUCUGCUUAUCCGAGUAUGCCGGCUUUAACCUGUACAGCUAUGUCGAUGGUUGCGGGAAUUACAACGUCCCUUGCUCUUGAGACUGUGCUAUUACAACGCUCAAUGAAGGUUCCUUAUACCGCAGCUUUUAAAACGGCCAUGGGCAUGAGCUUUGUCUCCAUGCUGGCUAUGGAAACGGCAGAAAAUGUGGUAGACUGGCACUUGACUGGUGGUCAGGUUAUGUUGCAAGAUCCGAAGUUCUGGUUAGCAGCAGCAGCCAGCGCUGCAGCAGGCUAUAUUGUUCCUCUUCCAUAUAAUUACUGGAGACUUCGAGCGUUGGGCAAAGCAUGCCAUUAGGAGAAAUAGAACCAGGGAAAGAAAAUAAACUAUGCCCAGUAUUUUGCACUGGUACUGGUAAAUGUGAAGGCUUUAGCUAAACAAACUAUAUGCGAAUGUGCCUCACUCUCUUCAGGAGGUUAGAGGCUAAUACUAGGCAUUGACUCGCGAAUCCAGAUAUUCGCACUUCUAACAUGGCUUAUCUAUAAA